CAUGGCUAGCAUCGAGAACCAAAUGGAGAAUAAGAAGAAGGCAUGCGUCAUUGGUGGAACAGGUUUUGUGGCUUCUUUGCUCAUAAAGCAGUUGCUUCAGAAAGGUUAUGCCGUCAACACCACUGUUAGAAACCCAGAUAAUCUUAAGAAAAUAUCUCACCUAUUGGCACUAAAAAGUCUGGGAGAGUUGAAGAUAUUUAGAGCAGAGUUAACAGUGGAAGAAGAUUUUGAUGCCCCAAUAGCAGGUUGUGAACUAGUCUUCCAACUUGCUACCCCUGUCAACUUUGCUUCUGAAGACCCUGAGAAUGACAUGAUAAAGCCAGCAAUAAAAGGUGUCCUGAAUGUGUUGAAAGCAUGUUCAAAAGCAAAACAAGUUAAAAGAGUAAUCCUGACAUCAUCGGCAGCUGCAGUAACUAUAAACCAACUCAAUGGGACAGGUUUGGUCAUGGAUGAAACCAACUGGACUGAUAUUGAAUUCUUGAACACUGCAAAGCCACCUACUUGGGGAUAUCCAGCAUCCAAAACACUAGCUGAGAAGGCUGCAUGGAAAUUUGCUGAAGAGAAUCACAUUAAUCUCAUCACUCUCAUACCUACCCUCACAGUUGGUCCUUCUCUCACCCCAGAUAUCCCAUCUAGUGUUGGCCUUGCCACAUGCCUUAUAACAGGCAACGAUUUCCUCAUAAAUGGUUUGAAAGGAAUGCAGAUGCUGUCAGGUUCAAUAUCCAUAACUCAUGUGGAGGAUAUUUGCCGGGCACAUAUAUUUGUGGCAGAGAAGGAAUCAGCUUCUGGUAGAUACAUUUGCUGUGGCCACAACACUAGUGUUCCUGAGCUUGCUAAGUUUCUUAACAAACGGUACCCUCAGUAUAAAGUUCCAACUGAAUUCAAUGAUUUCCCCUCCAAAACAAAGUUAAUCGUCUCUUCUGAGAAGCUGAUCAAAGAAGGCUUCAGUUUCAAGUAUGGAGUUGAAGAAAUUUAUGAUCAGACUGUGGAAUACUUAAAGACUAAGGGUGCCCUCAAGAACUAGAUCUUGAUAAAUCCAAUGCCUUCAGCAUGCUUUACGCUUGUUAUGUAAUAACUAGCUAUUUCUUGAAGUCCAGUGUGAUGUAUUAAUUUAAACAAUAACCUAAAUCAAGGAAACAGUAGGCUUAUUACUGUCAAUUUCCUA